AUGCCCCCACUAAUCCACAUAGUCCGCCACGGCGAAGCCCUCCACAACACACACCCGGCCUACCCCGACCGCGACCCUCCGCUGACAAAAUCCGGCCACUACACCACAAAACACAAGCACCUCCCCGCGCACCCCGACCUCAUCCUCAUUUCCCCCUUGACCCGCACCAUCCAAACAGCGUUGAAUAUGUUUCCUUUUCUCUCCUCUUCCCCCUCUGCCUCUCUCACGACAACCCGCGUCCCCGCACACAUCUGGCCCGACCUCCGCGAAACCCCCUCCAGCAGCCCGUGCAACCAGUGUUCACCACGCAGCAAUCUCGCCGCCACAUUCCCGCAAUUUGACUUCUCGAGUUGUCCGGAGGAAGGGUGGUAUGCGGGGGAGAGCGAAGAGGAGGUUGUAGCUAGGGCGGAGAGGGUGAGGAGAAGGGUUGGGGAGGCGAUGCAGAAGGAGGGGUAUGAAAAUGUUUUUCUAGUCACGCAUAAGGGGUUUAAGGGGUAUCUGGUUAAGGGGAGGAGGUUUGGGCUUGCGGAGGUGAGGUCGUAUCGGGUUGCCGGGGAGGAGGAG